CGGAUGGCCAUUGUGAUGAAGAUGACCAAAAUUAUAGCGAUAUACAUAUACCACACUUAUUUAGAUUGAGAGGUUCUGUUAUCCCAAAUGUUAUAUAUCAGACCUUAGUUGUUACCGCUUUCUCAGCCGCCGUGACGGCGGUAUAUAUGAAAACGGAUAUCAAACCUGGCAUUCCGCAAACAUUCAUUCCAGUGCUUGGUUUCGUCGUGGGUCUCUUACUUACCUACAGAACAAAUACUGCUUACGAUAGGUAUUGGGAAGGUCGUAUAACGUGGUCAUCAAUGGUGACUGCGAUUCGAAAUUUAACACGAUACAUUUGG